GUUUCAACAGCUACAGACAACUGUAAGAAAAUAAAGGCGUUCUACGUGGCAAGCCUAUAAAUUUGUUUUUAUUUAGCAAGCCUACGCAGGGUUAGUCUAAAGUUUGUGUACAUGCUUGCGUGUGUGUGGUGGCGCAAAGUGUCAAGCAACACAACCAAGGAAGUCAGAACGUAGGGCACAGUGCUGUCAAAUCAGCUCCUCUUUUAUUUCAAGCCUUGUUGUUGUUGAUCUGUGUUUGAGUACGGAUAAUAUUUUGUCCUUUGUGCCGUGGUAGAAACUUUGAAAUGGGGGACAAGCAAGUAGGCCUAUCAGAGAAAAGCAAUUCGACAAGACCAGGAAAUGGUGACCAGAAGAUGGGUGACUCUCUAAAACAGACCUCAAGGAGAAAGAAGAAAAGGGGGAAGAAUGAAGGAAAUGGAGAGAAUAGAGACAAUAAGGAGGGAGAAACAAAUGAAUCUGCCUCAGCAUCUACUGACCCUGUCCAACACCGAAACUCAAAAGAAAUCCAAGCAGGGAAGUCAACCGCAAAGGAAUUUCAUCCAAAUCAAGAUGAUAUUAAACUACAGCGACAUGAGUUUACAAGUUUAACCUCAGUUAAUUCUCCUCUGACCUCAACAAAGAAGCCAAAACAAGAACAGGUUCUGUCCAGACAAUCACCCCUUCUGCAGUCAACUCCUGACCAACCAGACUGCUCACCUCUGCCACAGUCAUCUCCUGACCAGCCAGCCCAGUCACCUCUGCCACAGUCAUCUCCUGACCAACCAGACCAGUCACCUCUGCCACAGUCAUCUACUGACCAACCAGACCAGUCAUCCAGUGACCUGGUUCAUGAAGAGGAGCCUAAGAAAAAGGCUGAUCCAAACAAGCUGAGCCUGCUGACCUGGAACAUAGACGGCCUGGACUUGGAGAACAUUAAAGAGCGCUUCUACAACCUCAUAGACCACCUGAUCGAAUACCACCCAGAUGUGGUGCUGCUGCAGGAGGUGGUCCCGCCCCUCGUAAAGGCCUUAAAGGAGGUUCUGAAGCCCUAUCACGUUUUGCCAGGUGAUGACAGAGGUUACUUCACGGCCAUUCUGCUGAGGAAGUCCAGACUCCAGCUCUUGGACUCCAGCAUCGUCAAGUACCCCACCACAAAAAUGCAGAGGAAUUUGCUAAUGGCCCAUGUGAGCUUCCUUGGUCGCCCCCUGUGUCUGAUGACCUCUCACAUGGAGAGCAUGAAGGUCAACUCCAAGGAGCGCGUCUCUCAGCUGAGGCAGGUGUGGAGGAGCAUGGACGAGCAGCCGAGCGACCUCACCGUCAUCUUCGGAGGAGAUACCAACCUCAGGGACCGUGAGGUCAGUGAGCUUGGCGGCCUACCUUGGGGUAUCAGGGAUGUGUGGGAGUCCCUGGGCCGCCCGAAAGACUGCUCCUUCACCUGGGACUUGCUCACCAACGACAACAAGGACCUCCCAUUCCCAGCCCGCCUCCGGUUCGACCGCCUGUUUUUGCGGCAGGCCGUGAAGGGGUGGAGGGCUACGGCCGAGGACAUGGUCCUGGUCGGCAUGGAGAGGCUGGAGUGCAGCCGGUUCAUCAGUGACCACUGGGGCAUCCUGUGCACCUUCACCAUGAACCCCCCCAGUCCACCACCAGCUGAGGAACGCUAAAAAAAACGCUAUCUCUGUUCUGUGUAUCUGUUCAGAUUGUUUUCUGUUCUAUUUAUAUUAAUAAAUGUAAGUCAGUACG